GUUAGCGAUCGCGUAACGAACACGUUAGUCAUUUUUACGAUUGUUUUUGUUGCAUAACCAGAAAGCAUCGUUAUGUAAUCGCUAAGCAAUCGUUAGUUAAAAUUCAUAACGAAAUCGUUGUGUAAUCGAUAAGGGUAUACACAGCAUUUCGCGCCAUCUGUCAUAGACACAUAGAGUACAUUGCACCACAAAUAAUAAUGGAAGAAAAAGGUAAAAGGCGACCACGCUUUGAAAAAGAUGAACUUGAAAUACUUUGUCAUGAGGUAGGUCUGAGAAAAAUUACAUUAUUUGGUAAAUUUAGUGAUACUCUAUCUCUUGAGAAAAAGAAAAAGUCGUGGGGCGAAGUGACAAACAAGAUCAAUGCUGUCUCUCAGGUUACUCGUACGGUUGACGAAAUACGGCGAAAAUGGAAUGAUUGGUCAAGCACUGUCAAGGUCAAAGCAUCUAAAAAGAAAAAAAGCCAAACCAAAACUGGUGGCGGUGUUGACACUUUGCCUGAUUUAAGUCUGUUGGAAGAGAAGGUAUUAGUUAUUCUGGGAAAAGUUGUAGUUUCUGGUUUACCUGAAGGGAUGGACACGCUGGGCAGUCCAAGUUCAGUGAGCCCGAGUCAGAAUUUUUCUGACAUAUACAAUGAAGAACCAAAAGAAAAUCCAAACUCGGACGACAGUGAAACAGCUUUUGCUGUCAGCACAUUAGAGACUUAUGAUACGCCAGGGAAUUCUGAUAGUGGUGAUACGGUUAUAAUCGACCAAGAACCUGAAGUGCAAUCUCUUAAGAGGUGCUUAGAAAAAACACCUUCACUUGACAAAAAGCGAAAGAAGACGGGAAGUCAACUAGUUUCAGACGACAUUUUAUCCAUUGAAAAGGAAAGACUUCGCAUUGAGGGAGAAAGGUUAAACAUUGAAAAGUCACGUCUUGAUAUAGAAAAGUCGAGAGCUGAGAAAGAAGAAAAAGUUAUUGAACUUUUGACUAGAUUAGUUAGCCAGAGGGACGGUUCUCUAAACAACCAUUUUGCUGACCAAUUCACUGAAGCACAGACAUAUACGUCUUUGUAAAGGUAAGAACCGAGCUGCCGCCAGAAGUUUUAGGAAUGAUUUUUGUCAUGAUUCCAGUUGACGAAAUUUUAAGUACCAUUCCAGCGGUGUGUAAAAAAUGGCAGAAAAUUACAAAUGCAACUUGGUUUUGGGCACUUUUUAGAAAUGUCACACUUGUAAAGCCUUUGUCAGUUCCUGAUUUCUCCACCGUAAUACCGCAUAUGAGGAAGUUGGUGAUUUUGCGGUUGGAUGUUGAUCUAAUCAACAUUAAUAGAUGUACUUUUGCCAAU